AUGUUAAUUUUUCUCCCUCACGUGACAGUUGAUUGUGUAGCUCAAGCUAAAAUACUUAGUUGUAAAGUAGUAAAGAGUCAAUAUUACAAAAAUGCAAUUUUCAACAAUAGAAAAAUUACAAGAGCAACAGACCAAAGAGGUUCACAGAGUAAUGAGAAAAUUGGUAAAGUAUACUAUAAUGAUGUUCUGUCUUCCUAUUGCAACAUACUUCGCCAGCAAAUUACUUUUACUUGAAGGUUUUUUCCAUAUGAGUAGUCAAGACAGCUAUUUCUACGCUGCCAUAUUAGCAAUUGUCGUCGUUCAUAUCAUUUUGGUUCUUUUCGUCAUAGCGGCAAUUAAAGAUGAUAGUGGAGUAAAUAAGGACGACAAGUUAGAAUAA